AGGUUUAUACACACGUAAAUGAGCAGAUGAACGCCCAAGUUGCCAAAUCACUUUACUCUAUCCAAAUAUGAUAAUUGUCAACCUCCCAAUGAACAAGGGUCUUAUUCGUUAUCGCUAUAUGAUGCAACAUUGAUGGGUUAAGAUGAACAACCGAGAAGACUUACGUAACGGUGUAAAGCUCAACAAGAGCAACCCUUCCAAGCAAAGCUCAGAACGACCACAAAAUCGGUCAAUUUGGGAUAAAAUCGCAAAGCUGGAACAACGGGAGCUCUGUCUUGAAUGCGAACAUCGACGCUGGAAAACAAACGUGAUACAGGUAUGCGAAACAUGUGCCAAAGGUCUACCAUCAUUGAAAUGCUGCCACUGCAAAAUAAGUUACGUCAACCACAAGUACUGCUUCAAGGCAUCAAACAUAUAUAAUCGGGAGAUGUGUAUGUCAUGCGCUUCUAACUGGGCCACGUACAAUAAUGAACCUAAACUUUGUCGGUUCUGUAACCAGUGGUCAGCAUGGCGCUCUACAUCGGAAUGUGACCGCUGCCGUGACUUACUAGAGAAGUACGGACAACCAAGUAACUGUGAAUCAUGUAAUAACAAUGCAGCUUUUGACCGAGGGGAAUCUGCACGUAAACGUGUCAAUGACCUGAAACUGUGUUUCCUCUGCACUUGCAACUACAAGCAAAAUGACUAUUACAACCGAAAAUUAAUGAAAAAGAUGAACAUAGAUACUUCAGAGAGGUCAACAGAGGACGUUAACACCGAUCAACCAUCAUCUGCUCGAGAUAUGGAGGAUUCGCCUUUAUUCCCCGAAAAGGUUCAAAGCGCUAACAACGGCAAUACCGCUCGUACUUUGGAACAAGAACUAAAGGAGCUAAAAGAUGCUUACAACACACUUAAGAAAAAAUAUGCUAAGCUGAAAGAUGAGAACAUAAGUCUUAGGAAAAGAGUAAAGAUGAAAUGACUCUUGUCCUGGGACAACAGUAUUAUCAGACCUGAU